AAUACGAUUGAGUUGAAAAUUGAAGUGAUUCUGCCAGUUUAAUUUUAUUUUAAAUUACCUAUAAUUACCUAUAAUACCUGACCAAGUUUGUUAAAUAUAAAGUCAUGUCAAAUAUGGAUGAAGACUCGAACCAGAGCUCAUCUCGGGCCUCAGGUAGUAGUAUUAGCCAACAACAUCGUUUAUUGCUAAUGGAUGAAUCAAAACACUGCGAAUCGGAUUCUGAAAUGACUCUGAUGGAUUAUGACGACGAAUCCGAUUCGGAACUUCCGGCUGGAGAUACUUUGCGAAUGGACGAAGACUCAGCAGAAGAAAAAUCUAAUGAACCGAAUGCCGUCACUGAUGAAACGAAAGUCGGACGAUUGUCAGCUUCACCAUUUGAAUUUGAAAACGCAGUAAUUGAAAAUCCGGAAACCAAAAUUAGUAACUCUGGCCAAAAAGAUUCGGAUGGAGAAAUGCACACAAAUAAAAUUUCGGGAGACCGUAGAAAAUUAACGGCACUUAUCGAUAGUGAUACUGACGAUGACGAACAUUCGGCAAAGAAAUCGGAUGGGAUAAUAAAGCGAGAGAAACCAACCAAGAAGAUGAUACCACGACUUUUUGAUAGUGAUUCUGAAAAUGGUUAUGAUGAAAACUUAAGAUCGGAUCAUAUAGUUUCUGAUUUACAAACAAGCGAUCUUUCUGAAAGAAAUAAAGCGGAUGAACGUAUAACUAGAUUGGCGACGUUAGUUGACUCAGAUUCGUCCAGUUCCUCAGAAAAUGGAAAAGAGGAUAAUAGAAAGAAAAUUCUCAAGAAAGUAAAAACGAAAAAGGAUCCCAAAAAACCUAGAGACAAAAAGAAAGCUAAGGAUUUGCUUGCCAGUCUCAAUCUUGAUUUCAGUGAUGAUAGCAGGUCCCGAAGUCCUGUGGCUAGUGACGAAUCUGAUGGAAGCCAAAAUUCAGGAAGUAAUAGUGAAUCCGAAGAUGAAUCUUCUCCAACAACAAAAAAUCAACGAAAAAUAUCAAAAAAUCAUAAUUCUGAAGAUCGUCCUCAAAGGAUGACAGCAAAAGCAGCUAUGGAACAGAUGAAGGUCAUUCAGAGUGAAUCGCAGCGCAUGACAAGGGAAUCGCAAAUAUCUGUCCCAUAUCAUCGACCAAAGCAGCACACUUUGCAGGAAUUUCUCAAUCGCCGAAACAUUAAUAAACCGGCUCAAGCACUUGCCACAGGAAGUGGUUUAGCAGAAGGACGUCGCAAACUAGCGGCUGCUAUUAAAAUGACGCCCGAACAAUUGGCUGCAUUCGCUAAACGAUUAGAGGAUCGAGAGCGGGAAGCCAUCGAGUUUUUUAAAAGCGUAAAUGAAAAUGAUUCUAAACAAUGCGCUGAUGCCUAUGAGGGUUCAAAUGGUGAAAAACCAAAUUCAACUAAUUUCAGCAUGAAUAGCUCGGAACUUCACCAAGUCGAACAAGUUGAAACUCAGGUUGAACUUUUAGAAGAUAAAACUGGUGAAGGACUCGUAGAAGCACUUGCUGUAACGAAGAACAGUUCACUCGAAAUGGAUAACAAUGUAAGUUUACUUCAGCCAGCUGAAACUGAAUUGGAAACACUCCGAGUAUCUGAUACCGAGGAAGAUCCGCUAGACGCAUUAGUCAACAAAACUCAUGAAAAUGUUGAACAGCUCUUGUCCCAACAACAGAUGGAACCAAUUGCUGGAACAAGCCGGGAAUCACAACGAAUUGAUUACGAUUUAUUUCCAUCAGAAUCAAAUUCAAACAACAGGGUUCAACGUGCAGCUGAAUUGGUUUUAACAGAUAACUCUAUACCAACUUUUCCAACGCUCAAAGGUGGCCCAGAUAUGGUAAUAGAUUUGGAUUCGGGAGACGUUAAACCAAAAACGCCAUCUGGUGCCGAUAUAUUAUUUCAACGCUUUGCCAAGUGUAGCGGUAAAAAAUCGAAGAAAACCCAUCAGUUAAGCAUUUUGAAUGCAGACAAUGGGAUCAUUGCUUUGGACACCGUUCAUUUAGUUCCCCUUGAAAAAGAUGAUCGGGAUCCCAACGGCAAGGAACCGAUUCCUGGAGCUGCAUAUAUGAAACUGAAGCAGAGCCUGAGGGAAAAAAUGGAACGUAAGCGUCGAGAAGCUCUCGAGAAGCGAGAACAGGAAAUGCAACAAGCAAAGAAGUUGGAUGAUGAUGAUGAUGAAGAGGAAGAAGAGAUUUUAGAAGACGAUGACAUGGACGAUGAAGAAAAAGACGACGACGACAUUGAGUAUAAUGAGGUGGAACUAGGGAACGGUCUUCUGGAUGUCGAAGCGGAUGUUGAUGAAGACGGCGAAAAAGAAAACGAUGAGUUGAUAGAUGAUGAAGAGACAACACAUAAAUCAGAAGAAUCCUCAGAAGAAAGUAGUGAUGAAGAACCAGAAAACACAGGAGAAAAGAAAAAAAGUAGAAUCAUAGCAGCAUUCGAGGACUCUGAUGAUGAAGCUGUAGUUAAAGAUGUAGGUCUUUUGGAAGGUACAAGCACGAACGAUUUAUUUUCCUAUCAAAAGGAAAGUGAAUUUUUAUCUGGUGGGAACAAAAAUAAUCUAUGGAAGAAUACAGAAUCAGCCCCAAGUGCAACUCAAGUCGAACAAGAUCUUCUUGCUCUUUGUUCGGGGCGUUUCGUCGAUACUCAAAACGUAUUUUCAACCCAAGGAGCCGAAUCACUCUGCACAACGCAAACAAUGACUGAACCACAAUCAGGAAUGACUAUCACCCAAAGCGAAAAAGAACCGCAAAGCGGUCUCGAAACCAGUACAAAUCUUUUCACUCAGCCAUCAGAAACUCCUCAAAUCAGCGAUACCCAGCUAAUAGAACUUUGCUCGGGUACAUUCGCCAGUCAGGCUCAGGAUAUAACCGAUAUUGGCCUAACUCAGCAAAAAAGCCCGUCAACUGAGUUAGUUAAAAAA